AUCCGUUGGCUCGAUGAUGGGAGGGGAUGACAGCGGAGAAGGGAGCACGAGCAAGGGCGACUCAACCAUGAUCCCCGGGUACACGGGGCAUGUUCAUAAACUCCAAGAAACGUAUGGCUCCACCUUUGCCAAGGCAGCCAACCUCGUUACCAAAUGCCCUCCUGAGACCCCCGAGCCAUUCUCGACGCUGCAGACGUCUGGCUACUAUGUGCCAGGUAGCGGAUGUGCGGGUUCUUCCCGACCUUCAGCCAGCACCAAAGACACCAACAUCUUCAUCCAGGGAUCCAACGUAGACCUGCAUCAGUACUACAGGACGUUGGAAGCAGGGAACUACCAGCAGAUCCUGAUCAAGUCUGGUUCUCCAAAGAAAGCCAGGUCGUUCGUGCAGUUUGGGGAUGGCUUCUACUUCUCCGGGCCCUCCUUCUGGGAAACGACAUACUCGGAGAGCUAUGACGAAGAGAGCGCAACCAAAGCUGUACAGAACAGUGACAACAAGGAGACAGCAAGUGAGGAGCCUGAAGAGGUGGAUGCCGAAGAAGCCUCGCUUCGCUACCGUGUGCUCCAGGCGCUGGUUGGAACGAAGCGUCUGGAUGAGCUCGAGCUUGAGAUACGUGACAAGGUUCUACAGCGGAUGGCAGGAGGAGCAGGGCAACUGCUCAAGAGCUUCAAGCUCUUCUCUUCGGGCAAGGGAGAGAUCGGCCCGAACCAGCUCAUGAGCGUCUGUCAGGACUUGGGUGUUGACAUCAGCCGACGAGAAGCAACCGCUCUCUUCGGCAGAUUCGACAUCAACAAAGACGGAGGGAUUGUGUAUUACGAGUUUGUGGACGCGCUUUUGCAGAAAGACGUCAGCCCGGGUAUCAAGAGAAAUGCAUCCUACUAUGACAAACGAACAAAAUGACACGAAAGUUUAAUAGACUGUUGUUAAGAACG